AUGUCUGACAUCGACAAUAUAAUCCAUUCUUUGAUAUUCCAAGAAGUGGACGCGUUAAAUGGAGUUCCUCGUGCAUUUGAAUUAGAAACUCAAGGUCGCUAUCCACCCGACGAAGCAGCAUCCCUCGAAAAACUCCUCUUCCGAAAAAAAGUAGCCCCCGAACUAUUCUGGGGCGCAUAUUUACCAGCCAACCCCGACAACUCUCAACAAAAAAUGAUUGGAUUCGUAGUAGCCACCCUAACAACAGCACCCUCACUAACCGAGGCAUCAAUGGCCUGGCACCAUGAACCUGACGGACAAACUGUGUGCAUACAUUCGGUGUGUGUUGAGACCCUAUUUCGUCGUAAAGGUGUUGCGUCCGCGUUGUUACGGCAUUUUGCUGAGCAUUGUCGAAAGUUGGGGUACGCGAGGAUAGCAUUGAUAAGUCACAAGUAUUUGUUGGAGUUUUAUCAAAAGAAUGGAUUUGUUUUGAAAGGUGAAAGUGAUGUUCGACAUGGGAGCGAAAAAUGGUUUGAUUUGGUGCUAGUGCUAGAGCCACAAAGUUAG